CUUGGCAGACGAUGAACAAAGUCGGUGAAGAAUGUGUGCAUUGUGAGGGCGCCACCCGCGGAAAAGAGGGGGGUCACUGCCCCCGCAUAUUCACCGGGGCGUUCGCCUGAAUUACAUCCUUCACUGCAAACAUGAGUAUCGUGUCCAGAUUGCUGAGUACGGCCGAAUGCGAGCCCGGACUGCAUUACCGGAACCCGAACGUUCCCUAUGCCUGCAGUAUUCCCGGAGGGCUCUGCAUUGGGAGUAAGAUCUACAUACACGGGGUACUCCCCCCGGGGCUACAACCAUCAUCGUCCGGUUUCUCCGUUGCUCUCCAGAGGGGUGCGGACGCAGACCACGCCGACAUACACCUUGACCUCCGCGUCGUACUGGGACCCUCUCCCAUGGUGGUACGGAACUCCAGGCUUAAUGGAGUAUGGGGACUGGAGGAGCAGCUUGUGGGAUCGUUCCCCUUCCCCGCACAUCCACGUCCCUUCCUACUCGUCCUCACUGCCUUUAUGGACUCCUUCGAGGGCGAGGUUAAUGGAUCUUCCCCAUUCUCGUUCAAAGUACGAGAUGGACUGCCGGUAUCUUCCGUCACCCAUCUGGCGAUCUCGUCUGGGGUCCUCAUUCGGGCAGUACAUAAACCAGUGGAGACUAUGCCGAGGAACUUACGUCUAAGUUUAGGUAAUGGGGCCAAGGUGGGCGAUAUGUUUUAUAUCCGAGGAGAGCCCACCCCUGAAGCCAAGAGUUUCGUCAUCAACUGGCAGACAGGCCCUGGAAAGUUCGAUGACAUCCUUUUCCAGCUUAAUCCUCGUUUGGAAGAAGGCCGCGUGGUGAGGAACAGUCGUCUUGAUGAUACGUGGAGCAAAGAGGAAAGUUCUUCGGACUGCCCCUUCAAACCUGACGAACCUUUCCUUCUCACCGUGGGCGUAACCCCGUUGGCUUUCGAGGUGCUACUCGAUGGAAAAGAAUGGCUAGAAUAUGCUCACAAACAAGACAUCUCAAAUGCCAUGACUCUUUUCGUUGAGGGUGAUCUUCAACCAUUAGACAUAAGCGUCGAUUCUGCAUUGUCGAACCUACCAUCUACAAUGAAUGGAAUUAAAACCAAACCCAUUCGUCUUCUUUCAUUAUGCCCUGAACUACCUUCGACUUCCAGAAUCACAGGUGGAUUUGAAAAAGGAUGUUUCUUACUGCUCUCUGGCAAAGUCAACGCUCAACCUAAAAAAUUAGAGGUAAGCAUACAAUGUGGGGAUAGUUCUGAUGAGAGUGACGUGGCUCUCAAGUAUCAAAUCCUCUGGGAGCAAGAUGGAACAUCAAAAAUCUCACUCAAUUCUCGAGAAGAAGAUAGCUGGGGCCAAGAACUGAAAGUGAAAGAAGUCGAAGGCCCGUGUCCGAAGAGGCCAUUCGAUUUCCUGAUCGCGAGAUCUGAAGAUGGAUUCCAUUGCUUCAUAGAUGGACAGGAAAAUGCCCACUUACCAUAUCGCUUGGAAGAUCAGCUUCCGAACCAUGUGACUCUGUGUGGAGAUAUCGAAACUCAUAGGCUGCUGCUGCUUUAAUCCAUGCAAAAUUGACCAGAUAGAGGGGGGAUAUUUUGAUCAUUUAAAUAGUUUCAGAUUAAGCCUCACUUGGCUUAUUCUAUAUUCAAGAGAGAAUAAUUUUGUAAGGACAAAAAACUAUGUCUGUGAUAACUGAGAAUUAAAGGGCAAUCCAAGAAACCAGUGUUUUUUUUUUCUUCAGUAAAAUAAAAUGCAGUAAAAUAGGAUGUCAGUUGUAGUCAGCAAGUUUCUUGUGCUGUGCAAAUAAUUAUAGAAACUUUUCUUAGCAAUGAAAAUCUUACUUUGUUGUUAAAUGCUAUAGUAUUUCUUUGUAACUUUACCUUGUAACAAGAAGCUAUGGUACGUUGCAUAAAAAAAAAAAAAAAAAAAAAGAAAAAAAAAGAAAAAAAAAAUAGAUUCAGAGAGCUGCUGAGAAAUUAUUUUAAAACGCUAUAAAAAGUCCUGUAUUUAAUACAUUACAAUUUUUAAUUGUAUGCAAAAACUAAAUGUUUAUUAUACCUAUGAAGAGCAGACAAAUUUUUCAGCAAUAAAAAUCUGCCAUAACCACGUUGUAUCAAUGAACUAAAUUCAAUUCUAAAAUGUACCCUUGAUUCCAAUUUAGGUUUAUAAAUUAGGCUGAUCUUUGCUAAUGCUUUUUUUUCUCUAUCUCAUCAAAUAAUAGCAAAAUUAGUGCGAUUUUUACUUGCUGUGUAUUGCUUUCCAUUCCUGCUGGGUGAUAUAUAUUUACUAAUAAACUGAAUGUUCCUCGGUUGCUCCCGCGCUGAGUGGCUUGAUAAUCUUAAGCAAAUGAAACAAUAAAAGACUACUGGUAUGGAGAACCAUUUAAUCAAUUAUAAUUAUUGCUUUAAAAGUAUAACAAGUUAAUAUUGAUGCUUUCAAUUUUUAUAAUAAGAGUAGGUGUAAAUGCUUAAUAAAUAUGUUCAUAAGUUCAAGAGUGGUUUUAAAGGAUAGUUAUGUUUGUUUAACCAUUGUGCCACAGUACAGCACAGCAAAAUGAAAUCGCAAAAUGAAUGGGUGUAAACUAUUCAUUGCAUACUGGGGUGCCUGGAUUUUGAUAGAUAGAUCUUUACACUCUUGACUGGUUUAUGAUUGUACAAAGUCAUGUAAAAUAAUUAUAAUAAAGAAAUUUUUAGGCAAA